CUUGAACGAGAGCAGUGACAGUGAGAUGGAAGACCGCUCCACCGCUCACCUGGCUCAGAUGAAGAUUGAUGACUGGCUCAAUUUCAAACUGGACCGGGAGACGGCAAGCCUGGUGUUCCAGCUCCGGCAGAAGUGGCACAGUCUGUUCCUGCGUCGCAUCCGCUCCCCCUCCAAGCCCUGGUCGCAGCUGGACGAGGCCACCCUGCGGGCGCUGGUGUCGGCGCUGGCGUCCGACGAGCAAGCGGCCGGCCUGCAGCAGCCCACAGGCAUAGGCCAGCGCCCGCGCCCCAUGGCCUCUGACGAGCCCCCCCAGCCAUCCUCCUGGAGGACCGUCCAGAGCCGCAGGGGCCCGGGAGGCGACCACGAGCCGGCAGACGAGCCCAGCACCUCAGGAGACAGACCUCUAAGUUCCUGCCCGUCUUCUGCGAUGCUCCAACUAAAAGGCCAGCGGGACAAAGGAGCGGCACACUCCAAGCGUCCAGAGGAACACACAUCCAAAGCAGCCGAGGGCACUGGCGCAAUCCCCUCACCCACCUCCUCAGGAAAGUGUUCCAAGCCCCCCAGCCCGCGGCCUCUGUCGUCAGUGCGUUACUUCAUCAUGAAGAGCAGCAACCUGCGCAACAUUGAGCUCUCGCAGCAGAGGGGCAUCUGGUCCACCACACCCAGCAACGAGCUCAAGCUCAACCGCGCCUUCCAGGAGAGCAGCCUCGUCUUCCUGGUCUUCUCGGUCCAGGGCUCCGGACACUUCCAGGGCUAUGCCAGGAUGGUGUCGGAGAUCGGGCAGGAGCGGUGCCAGGACUGGGGCUCAUCGGGGCUGGGGGGCGUGUUCAGCGUGGAGUGGAUCCGCAAGGAGAGCCUGCCCUUCCAGUGCACCCACCAGCUGCUCAACCCCUGGAACGACAACAAGAAGGUGCAGAUCAGCCGCGACGGACAGGAGUUGGAGCCUCAGGCUGGUGCUCAGCUGUUGCAGCUGUGGGAGCGUCUCUAAGGUCAGCUGGAAACCACGACAACCAAAGCAGGAAGAAAUGGAAAAGCCUGAAGAUGCAAACCUUAACGGACGGACCCCUGUUUAUUGUGUCUAGCAUUACUAGAGCUUUAUAAGAAGUCAUGAAAUGAACUGCUCUGAUGCCGUUUAGUUCCUGAAGCAUGAUGGUGGCGUUGAGAGUGAUGUGCCAUGAUGACACACUGGAUGGUAGCUAUGUGUUGCACAUACUUGAGUUAUUGUUCAGGACUGUGGUUCCCUUUCCAAGGUUCUUGCAUAUGCUAAACCAUGUGGUUCCUGUUCCAAGGUUUUCCCAUAAGCGUUCUGAUUUAAGUUUCCAAUGCCUUAAGUAGGUGCUGUUUUAAUCCAAACAUUUCUGUGUUCUUUUUACCCUGUUAAUUGAAUCAUAUGUUGAAUAAAUUGGGAUGUGUCGGUGAAGUAUGACUAUAACCAGAGCAGUGGGUCAAGUGUAGAUUGAUUAAGUUAUUGAAGAAUCGAAAAGCAUAGAAGACCUAGUAGACGGUCAGUGGUAAAUCAAGGUGUCUUUUCAGAGUAGGUCUUUGAGGCAGAGAUGUCCAUGAUUCGCCUCAUUGAAAAUGAAGCCUUUAAAUACACCGUUACCUGGAAAGAACUCAAAAGGUAAUGGGGAAACCUAGCAAUGUUGUGCUAACAUCAGUGAGAUUGUUGUAAUGAAUUGCACUUGUAAUCAAUCUUGAAUAUCUGUUUAUAGUGCAGAGAUGAUAAAUUUGUGAAUAAUGCAAGUUUGUACAUGAAAGGAUGGCGGUGGGGUGUAAUAUAUUCUGUCUGUUCUUUGGCAGAAAUACUCUGUGCUCCUCUGCCUCAUUUUCCCUCAGUUGAGUUUAAAGAGUUAUCAGGUCUUUGUGAAGAGAAAUACCAUUUAAAAGCGUAUGUAGCUGUGUAUGAGUUACUGAUUUACCUCAUGGAAAGUAAUUCAUUACUGUGAGUAAUUUCAGGAGAGCACAUGUUUACUCCGUUCCUUUAAAUACUGACCGUAUCAUUAGCAGACCACUGUCUCUGUUAUUUCGAGUUGUGUCUUGUGUUGUAUUAAAGUUGAGGACGUUUUGAAAGGUUUUUAAGUGAUGUUUUUUUAAACAGCAGUUCAUUUUUUUUUCUUUUUUUUCUUUUGCAAUGAAAACAAGGAAAGAGUUGGUUUACAGUGCCAGUGCAAGAAACAUUUUAUUUGCUACAUAUUUACACCCCAUUGUACAAUGCAUAUUUUCAGUUGAAACAUUAAAAAUGACAAACUUUUGCUGGUCAGUGCAGCAAUUUCAAACA